GACUGGGUUGCGUGGCAUUGCAUUGUACGGCGUUUGGGAAUUGGAUUUUCAUGAGGCGGACGAGUGGGGGAUGUUGAUUGAUUGGGAAAUGUUGUUGAUUGAUUGGUUUAAUGUCCUAUGUGAGUCUGCAACUAUGGAAGACGAGAGGGGAUGUUGUUCAUGUUGGCAAGAGAGGAUGUUCAUGUUGGCAAGAGGGGAUGUUCAUGUUGGCAAGAGGGGAUGUUCAUGUUGGCAAGAGGAAAGAUGGAUUGGCUUUUCGAUACCCGCCGUGCUGCCGUGAAAGGCUGGCAUAUAAUUAGAGAUGAGGAUGGAGUGGAAGCGAAACGUGUGUGUGUGUGUGUGUGUGUGUGUGUGUGUGUGUGUGUGUGUGGACAGAGUAUCGAUAUACUACAGAAGCAGCAUCUGCAAGCCAUUGGGUCCCAACGCCGUCGCCAAAAGUAUCUCAUGCACCUCGCCAUGCCAGCGCGCCUUGUGAGCAGCGUCUUAGAGUCUCGAGUAAGAUUUGCACGAGGAGGCUAGCUAGCUAAGGCGGUCUCGCGUUUGAAUUCGCCAGAGGCUGACAAAAGAGGCAAUGUAUGUAGGAGGGUGCAUUCUCCCUCCUAAGCGGAGGACACUUGUGUCGCCGAUGGGCAUAGAGCCAGCAGUUGUCGCGACAACACACGGAGCGUAGCGCUUGAGGGGCGG